ACAGUUAUCCCAUGCCUCGCGCGGAUGAGUUGUUUGACCGUCUGGCAGGCAACGGCUUCUUCACGAAGAUGGAUCUUCGUAGCGGUUACCACCAGAUCCGCGUUGCCACAGAGGAUCAACCGAAAACCGCCUUCCGAUCGCGCUUUGGCCACUGAGUUCACGGUGAUGCCAUUCGGCCUCACCAAUGCACCCGCCACCUUCCAGACGGCGAUGAACGACAACUUCAGGGACAUCCUUGAAGAAUACGUUCUUGUAUACCUGGACGACACCCUGGUCUACAGUCGUACCUUAGAAGACCAUCUCAGACACCUCCGCGAUGUCCUACAGCGCUUAUGCAAGCAUGGCUUCUAUGCCAAGCUCAGUAAGUGCCGCUUUGCCCAGUGCAAAGUGGACUUCCUAGGACACCAUGUGUCUGACCAGGGUCUCCACAUGGACGACGCGAAGAUCACCGUUAUUGCAGUGCUAUUGCAGAGUGGCCCUUUCACCACUCAGCCCAUUAAGGGUGAAACGAACCGCGUCGCCGAUGCCUUGUCCCACCGUCCUGAUCACAAUCAGGAACCCAUCCAGCUUGCUGCUAUCUCCAUCACCAUUGUUGAUCAGUCGGUGAUCGAUGCGUAUCACACUCAGUACCGCCACUGCCCUGAUUAUCGCGUCAUCCGCGCAACACUGCGGAGUGGCAAGACCGUUCCUUCCUACUCCCUCGGGGAGAACGGCCUCGUGUACUGGCAUGGCAGAUCUGGUCAGCUAGAACCACGUAUCUGCGUUCCCUCCACCGGGCAGCUCCGCGUCCAGGCUGUAGCAGAGUUCCAUGACCAGGCAGCUGCCGGUCAUAUGGGUUUCCACAAGACGUUGGCUCGUGUUUGCCGCCUAUACGUCUGGCCGAAGUCCAAGGACUUUGUCAAAGCCUACAUCCAGGAGUGUCCUACCUGCCAGGAGGUGAACAGUGCGAACGACCUUCCGUAUGGGUUACUUAAGCCCCUACCCAUACCUGAGGGUCGUUGGCAGUCCAUCUCGAUGGAUUUCAUUGGUCCCCUCCGCCCACCCACUGAGCGCGGUCAUGAUGCUAUCUUGGUCGUCGUCGAUCGCUUCACGAAGCGUGCACGUUUUGUCCCGUGCCACUAUCGCAUUAGCGCUCGUGAGGUCGCCGACAUCGUCUUCGACCGAGUCGUGAGAGAUCACGGCUUACCUCAGAGCAUCAUCUCCGACCGUGACCCGUGCUUUACCAGCACAUUCUGGCGACGCCUACACGAGGUAUACGGAUCCCAGCUCCGCUUCUCAUCGUCUUACCACCCUCAGACGGAUGGUCAAACUGAGGUCACCAACAAAACUCUUGAUACUCGUUGCCCUGCGCUUGACAACUGGAUCGCCCACAUGGCGGCGAUUAUGAAUCGCGCACACGAGAGUUUAGCUGACUCCCAGACUCGCAUGGCCACACGAGCGAACCGAUCACGAAUGGAUCAUCCAUUCAAAGUCGGUGACGAUGUGCUCAUCGACGCAUGCCACUUACAGCUCGAAGCAGAUACGCUUCGCAAGUUCAGGCGUCGUUUCUUCGAUCCAUGCCGCAUCCUUCAGGUCGUCGGUUCUGAUACUGCCGCUAGUCCGGUCAGCUUCCGUGUGAAGCUACCUGAUUACCUUCGACAGACUCGCGUACACAAUGUUUACCACGUCUCCUUGUUGCGUCCUUAUCGCAGACCGUCUGAGCGCUUCGCCGGAUGCCCUUAUGAGCGUCCUCCACCUAUCAUGGUGGACGGUCACGAGGAGUUCGUUGUUUCCGACAUCGUAUCACGCCGAGUUACCGACGAUACCCCUCCACGCAUCGAGUACCUUGUGCGUUGGAAGGGCUACCCUGAUGAGGAGGCUACUUGGGAGCCCCUCGAGCACUUGCAGCACGCCAAGAUGUUGGUGCGUGCAUAUGAUCGUGCUCGUCAUGUUGAGACAUCUGCUUCUACUCAGCCGACUGACCCUCUUCCUCCACCUCCGGCUGAGGAGAUUGCUGAGGACGUGCCCGCUCCCUUUGAGGUCGUUCGUCAUCCGCAGACGGUCGCCUCCGAGCGUCCACAGCGCACUCAUCGUCGCCCUUCGCGUUACGAUGACUGACACUCUUAUCCUCUAUCUUUCCCCACUGA